UUCUUUUGAGCUCUUCUUUUGAGGCUGUGUUUGAUGCGUUGGCUUCCCAUCCGCUGCUCGUAACCAUCUCUGCUAUGAGUUCCUCGCAACGUUGCUGGUUUUCGAGGAACGGUCCGUUACGCUUCAGUGAAUGCACAUAAAAACCGAGAGAUGGGUAGGCAUGAUGAUCUGUGGUCCCUCUUCUACAUGUUGGUGGAGUUUGCAGUUGGUCAGCUUCCAUGGAGAAAGAUCAAAGAUAAGGAGCAAGUUGGCAUGAUAAAAGAAAAGUAUGAACAUCGAAUGCUGUUAAAACACAUGCCUUCAGAGUUCCACCUUUUUCUGGAUCAUAUUGCAAGCUUAGACUACUUCACCAAGCCAGACUAUCAGCUAAUCAUGUCCGUGUUUGAGAACAGUAUGAAAGAAAGAGGCAUCACUGAAAAUGAAGCUUUUGACUGGGAGAAGGCUGGUACAGAUGUCUUGUUGUCCACUAGCACUUCUACUCCACCACAGCAAAACACCAGGCAAACAGCAGCCAUGUUUGGGGUGGUUAAUGUCACUCCAGUACCAGGAGAUUUGCUUCGUGAGAACACCGAGGACGUCCUACAGGGUGAACAUCUGAGUGAUCAAGAGAAUGCUCCUCCCAUCCUGUCAGGCCGGCCAGCAGAAGGUCUUGGUCAGACACCAAACACUGCUUUCAAUGAGGCUGAAGUUUGGGAAGAGACAGAUGUGAAUCGCAACAAACUCAGGAUCAGCAUCAGCAAAACUCAGUGCAUGGUGGAAGAAGAUCAGAGAAAUGGGGUCUGUCCCAGCUCCCCUGUCCGAGUGCCUCCAGAGUCCCCUACCGCACAAGCGCGCUCCCUACGAUACCGCCGUGUGAACAGCCCUGAGUCAGAACGCCUCUCUACAGCUGACGGCAAAGCAGAUCUACAUGAAAGAAGAUCACGAAUGGAUUUGCCUGGCUCUCCAUCACGGCUUGUGUGCUCCUCCCAGCCAGCCCAGAUGCUGUCCAUUGACACUGGCCAGGCUGACCGGCAGGCAAGCGGUCGGAUGGAUGUGUCUGCUUCAGUGGAACAUGAAGCCCUCAGCAAUGCUUUCCGCUCAGUGCCGCUUGCGGAGGAGGAGGACUUUGAUAGCAAGGAGUGGGUUAUCAUUGAUAAGGAGACAGAGCUGAAGGACUUUCAUCCAGGUGCUGAGCCAAGCACCUCUGGUACCACAGAUGAGGAGCCUGAGGAGCUAAGGCCUAUUGAAGACGGUGAGGAGAGAAGGCGCUUGGGCGCAGACGCUGCAGUCAGGCCGAAGAUUCAUGAUGGGCGAAGUCGGGGUAUGCAGCCUGUGACUGAGGAGGACAGUUCCCACAGACAUGAAGGACCUUCUCAAACAGUAUCUGACAGUAAACAUGAACAGCAGACAGGAAGUCCAGCCCACUCCCCCCUACACUCAGCACCAGCUAUCCGACAAAGGAGACGAGAAUCUGAACCUACUGGUCCUCAGAGACAGGCAUAUACACUGAAGUCGUUUGAAAUGAAUGGUCUGCCCAAGGCAGUGCCUUUAAGUUUGCCUUAUCAAGACUUCAGAAAAGACAUGUUAGAGUACUGGGAAAAGGCUAAGUUAUCCCAGCGGAUAAAGAGAGUUGAUUUCUCAAAUGUUGUCUUGACUGCUCCUUGCAAACCCCUGGAGCCUUACCUGGAAAUGAAUGGCAAAGAGGAGGAGGAAGAGGACGAGGAAGAAGAUGAAGAUGAGGAAGAAGAUGAAGAGGAUGUGGAGGAGGAAGGGGAUGAAAUUGACAUGCACAGUGGUUCCAGCAGUGAUCUGAGUCAAAAAAGCACAGAGCGCAGCCAGGAGUGCGCACCAUCCACUCUCCUGGCUGAUGACCAGAAGGGAUCCAAGGGUCGAGCUUCCAUGGCUGAUGGGGACUUGGAACUGGAGGAGGGCUCAAAAACACUGGUGCUGUUUUCACCAGGUGAUCUGAAAAAAUCUCCAGUGACCACAGACUUGCCUCCAGAAGUUGAUCUGGGGACACUUGCUGCACUGACACCUCAGAGCGAACGGCCGCAGCCAAUGGGUAGCCAACUAGACGUGUCUGAGCCAGGGACCCUGUCCUCAGUCCUUAAAUCUGAACCAAAGCCUCCCGUGGCAGUGGCUACAGCUUCCUCCCCAUUUACCAAAGUCGAGCGCACAUUUGUUCACAUAGCAGAAAAGACCCACCUCAAUGUCAUGUCUUCCAGCGGCCAGCUGAUGAGGCAUGAGGAAUACUGCCCUCCGGGACAGUUUGAAGAGGUCAUUAUUGAAGAGGAGCUGGAAGACAAUCUGGCGUUGGUAGAGAACGGAAGCAUCCAUUCGGGAUUAGAAGGGGCAGAGACAGAGAGCUGUGCACUUUCUGCUAAUCCCAUUGAAACCACCUCAGAAACAGUGGGGGAGCAGCUGUCAGUCCCCAAUGUAGCAAAGCCUCCUGAGGAUAAGGCAGAGUCCUCUGACAAUGUGGCACUCUCGCUGGAUUUGGAAGAGUCUGCCAAGGUGGUCACGAGAGAGCCUGACGUUGAGAAGCCAGCAUCGGUAGCGGAACACCUGAAGCCAGCAGAGACCCUCCCUGAUGCUCCACAGCAGGGCCCCAGGAGACCUCUGGGCUCCAGGUAUAGAAGUCGGAUCCCCAUUUUAUUCUCUGAGGAGGACACUGGCUCAGAUCUUUCAACUUCACUCUCAGCCAAAGAGAGGCUUUAUAAGAGGGCAAAGCAACCUGAUCUGGCUCGUUUAGUGAUGGAGAAGAGACAAAACUGCCUCCUUAGGCUGGCUUCGGGGGCCUCCUCCUCAGCAUCCUCCAGUGACGAGAGGCGGCGGGCCUCAGAAACCCUGUCAGCCACUGGUUCUGAGGAGGACACCCAUGACUCUGAUGACUCCAUCCCAAGAAAGGCAGGGAAGAAAGCUGCCCUCCUGGGGAGAGAAGAGAAACUCAUAAGCACAAGGAGCAGAAUUCCUCGGCCCAUCACACCUGUGAAAACACCGCUAGAGACAAUGAAGUCUGAGAGCUCCACAGCCGUUGUGAUGGCAGUGCUUUCCCCGCAGGAUGCGGCUGUUGCCUACAGGCUCCAGGCACAGAGAGCAGCUGGAAGUGUCCCAAACGACUACCGAGCAAUGCAGAUACAAAGCCGGCUUCCUCCUUCACCAAGUUCCACGUCUCUUCCUCCACGGAGCAGCACGCAGAGGUCCAGCUACGCAUCCCCUCGGAGCCCUGUCCUUCCUUCCAAAACCCCCACUGCUUCCCCAAGAAGCCAGUUGUUGCCUCGGAGGGAAAACCCUUCUCCCUGCAGGCAGCAUAAGCCAGGGACUGCUCUCCAGCGAGUUCCACCUUCCCCCCGACCUCAGCCCCAGGCUCAGGCCCUGGGACCAACAGGAGACUCCCUGCCCUCUCCCGGCACGGCCAAAAAACGGCAAAGAGGAAAAACCCAGACUCAGAGUCCAGCAACCAAAGGAAAGCAGGUGUCCCUGGAAAGUAAGGCAGCUGCCAGAUAAUGAUCUUCUGCCAACCCAACAGACUGGGUAACUUCUGCAUAUAGUAUACACUUGAGAUGCUGCAGCACAGCCUUCCAUGCCGGAACCACGAGUGUAUAGCAGUAGCUGUACUUCAAUGCUUCACUCACUCUCACCCCACACAGUUGUGAUCAGCUCCCACAGGCCUGAGAGCCUCUGAGCCACAGAGCCUUCUUCGAGGGAAACAUCCAGUCCGCAGCUCACGCUUGCUAAUGCACAGCGACCCUGGCAGCCUGCCUAGUGCCUGACCCCCUACUCCCCAGGCAAUCCCCUCUCUCUGUUGGCAAUACCUGUCGCCAAUACUGACCCUGGCUUUGGAAAGAGGAGUGGAAGUGAUGAGAGCCUGCUGGGGAGGAAGGCUCCUGUCCUGCAGGCAGCCCUUGCUCUCUCUUUGCUGGGAAAACACCAGCCCUGGCUGCCAACGGCUGAGUGCUGGCUCCUCUCCUGCAACCUGUGUUAGUGAGGGCUUGUCACCAGCCCAGCUCAGAUGGGUGUGUUGUCGUGCGCUGAGAAAAGUGCAGGAGAGGGCUGGAGGAGCUUUGCUCUCCUUUUUCCACAAGGGCCUCUGCAGGCAGGAGUGGGGCAAAGGCUGCCCUUGUAGAUGCUCCUGCCUGCUCCAGGGUGUCCUGCAGAGCUGUUUCAGCAGCCGCUUGUGGGGCAGGUAUUGAGUUGAAAGUAGGGAUGUAUGGGCAGCUUGCUGGGAAAUCCAGAGCACUAGCAUGUGCUGUGGAAGGGAGCACUCUGCAGCCACUUCUGUCUCAGAUACUGAACUGUGACCUGUGGAAACCACAUCUUCUGACAUGGGUGGUUCCUCUCAGCCUGAGUGUGGUUGGUGCCACAGUUCUGUAGGCCACCCAAACACAGCUCCAUCCUGAAGAUGUGAAUAGUCACUGGAUGCCUUCAGCUCGGGUGCCCCCUGCACCUAAAUUCCUUGUGCUUUAUUGUCACGUUCUUGGUGUUUGUGAAUUUUGGCACUGUCGUUGAAGGUUCCCUUACACAGCAGGAGGGAAGUAAUUAUCCUGUAGUAUACUCUAAAGCUGCUGCUUUGCAAGGAGAGUUUUGCUGGUAUGCUGUGGGUAUCCUGUGCAUUUCUCAUCGGGAUAUCGGGUUUAUGUCCUUCUCAUGCUCAGCUCUUCCACACAUUGCCUAACAACCAACAAUGUGAACACAAAAGCAAGGGCUGUGCUCUUAAAUAAUAUUACCAAAACGUAAGCUUAGCUCUCACUUAGCACGCCAACUUUUUAGCUACCCAGCUAAUUAGGGUGGUUUGAAAAUUCAAGCCAGGAGGACUGAUAAUUGCCAGAGCCUGAUAAGAUCUUGAAAUGGUCACAAAUUCUUCCCUGCAUUGCAUAGGGAGAAACAAUACAGACCCAAAUCCUUGGGGCUUCAUGCCACUGUCACACCUAAAAGAAGUUUUGCAUAAGGCAGAACAAAACAAUGGCUGCUCUGCCCACCCAACUCCUGCAGCUGCAACUAGCAGCUUCAGAAAAGAUUUGCAGACAAAAAAGCUUGAUGGAAGAAUCUUAUGGUAGUAACUGACUCAUUCGAAUGUAUUUACAGUCACAUUCAUGGUCAUCCAAUCCAAGGAAUCCCAACUUUCUGUUUCAGAGUGGUUCUACAGGAACGUGCAUGGAUCAUGAGAGCUGUGACGGAGUGGCAGGGAGAACAGGAUACUCCUGGGACAUCAGAACAGGGAAAUGUCUGGAAACAAGUGAUGGGACUUACCUCUCUACACAACAGUUCCAGUGUUGACAAUGCUAGGAACUUAUUUCAUACAGUUCAAAACGUUUGGUGUUUUCCUUAAAAGUCAUUCACCCUUGUAGAGUAAGCAGAGCUUCUCAUCCGAGAACAAAUCCCAGCUCUCAUAUUUGCAGAGGGGCACUGAGAAUUCCACGCUCAGGUUGUGGUUUCAGGGACUGAGAUGACUUAACCAAUGAUGGCAGUGGUCCCUCCAACUUGCAAUCCCCUCCCUUAUCCUAGGGCAGCUGUUCAGUAAGGUGGCUGGAGAUAGGGAUCCAGUGUGACAACAAGUGCUCUGGUUUGCUGGGUUAGUUUUCAUCUGUUCAUCCAUCAGGUUCAGCAUUUGAUCACACAAAUGCUUCUGCCAAAAGUGGAGGAAAGAGUAGAUAGUAAAUUCUACCACUUCUUCUGCGGGCACAAUGACUUCAUGUGAGUUUGGAGUCUGGUCCAACUGCAGCCUAAAUAUGUCCUGAGAGUUUUGAAACUAGAAAACAAAAUAAACCCAAAUACACAGAUUCUUUCUGGAAAUAUAAAUGGUAAUGGCACUCCUAUUAAUUUGUCAGCAGACUGUUCAUUUUAGAGUGCUUAGAUAAUAAGAUUUUGACAGUGAAGCCAUUACCAGAUACUCUAUCCAGGUCUUACAUGCACAUGCCAAAAAGGCAUCGAAGGAGCAGGAAACGAGUGCUAUGGGGCUAUUUGCAGGAUUAGCAAACCCAUUUUGUCAUGGGAGACCAGUGAAGCACAAUUAUUGUAUUUGUUCAAGAGAAAGUUUAAAUUAGAAUUGUCCAUGGCCCAGCUGUACCAUGUCAAGAAGGAAACUGAAAGAAGAAUGCCAGUGAAUGAUUUCCAGCAUGGGAGACAGCAGCCUGUCUCCAUGUUGUGUGAUAGGGCUGGGCUGAUGCUGCAGCUGGAUCUGUAGUACUGUCAUGCACUGUCUAUCCUGAGUCAUCAGGUCCAUUGGCAUUGAGAGCUGGCUGGCUGCAGCAGGGUUGAAAGCCAGAGCAGGAGCUGCUGGCUGCUGCCACUGACAGGCUCCCAAGGUUGUUCCUGCACGGCCUGGCUGUCCCCGUGUGUCCCACAGGCUUGGAGCUCCAGACCUGUCCCCUUUCCCAGUGGCAAAUGAUGCUGUGAUGUUACAGGUAAAAUGCUUCACAUUGCCUCUUACUGUCCUUCACUGUACUAUUUUUUACUGAGAUUAUUUUUUACAGGAGCUUCAGUGCUGAGUUCAUUCAGUCAAGUGAUUAAAAUAAUUUGCUCAUUUGCUAAAUUUGGCAGUGCAAAGAGUCAGGCUUCAUGCAAGCACUGCUCAGCAACCACUAAAUGUCAGUAUGUUAUCAACAUUAUUCUCAACCAAAUACAAAACACGACACCACACCAGCCACUACAAAGGGAGCUAACUGUACCCCAGCCCAAACCAGGACACUUGCUUUCUGUUCCAGAUGUUGGCAGGGACACUCAGGAAAGCUUCUGCCAUACAAAAGCUGCUCUGGGUCUGUUCACUCUGAUUUUCCAAGUUCUGCCCUUCAGAGGUGAGCAUGACCCCAGGGACUGCUGUCACUUGGGGCUGCUUGGUUCUCUGGAGAGGAGAGUUUGCUGGUGAUACUUCCCAUGAAAAGAGUCCUACAAAAGGGGCUGGGAACUGUGGGUCUCUCAUCCUGUUCUCUGCCCCACAAGCCAGGAGCGCAUCUGUCAUAGUUGGGUCAAAUGCAGCAGAUCAUGUUUGAGGGGUUGUUCUGUUAGGGCAGAUGGCUGAUACAAGAUGAUGUGGCAAGGGGUGGGUCUGAAGAAUAGUUCUCAGCACCGAGCUAAUAUGACAGUGGACUGUAUGAGCAAAAAGAGCACUAGAGACAGUCAAGAGAGUAUCACGGAAGGGCACAGACGCGUGGCUGGAGACACUAAGCUGGCUUUGGUUGGCGGCACGGACACUGGCUUGUCUUGAUGCAAAAGGUGUUUCAGUGACAGACAUUUUUGGGUCGUGCUUGGGGUUUACAAGAGGCAGGACACUUGGCUUGUCCUUUCUAAGUAGAGAGUAUUACUAUAUAUAUAUAUAUAUAUAUUUAAAUUAUAAGAAUAUAAUAUAAGUAGUGCCCAUUAUAUAUUGUGGCUAAAGGUUGAAAAGGAUCCUGCAGCCUUCAGAGAGGCACUGUGUGUCCCUGCUGUGUCCAGGGCUGUCCCUGUGCUGUGGGUGCAGAUGGAGGAGCAGGGUACCACCACUGAAGCACACAGGAGCUGUGAGGCUCUGCUCACCAGGGGCCAACACACAGUGGUGUGGGUGGCCAUCCGAGCUGUCAUAACCAUCUUGUGUGGCGUUGAUCUGGGUCUGGAGACUGAGUGGUGGCCCUUCAUUAACAGAAGCGUGGUUUACUUGGGGUAACAGUGUCUUUGGUGUUACUCCUUUCCAACACAGAGCUAUUUUCUCAGUGUAAAUCUCUGUAAUAAGAUGGUUCCGCAUCUGCUUACAGCCUGAACAGCUCCAGCAGUAGCUCAGUGGCCCCUUAGCACACUUCUUUCUUCCCUGUACAGUUUACUGUCUCAUGGCAUGAUCCCACCACUAUCCCACAUGCAAGAACACGGAUGUCCACUGGAGGCCUUGCUCCAUGCAUCCACAAACUGCAGUCAAAUGAAUCUUGCAAACACAAUAAAAGUCCCGUUGUGGAUCUGAUGAGUUUGGUUUCCAACGAGCUUCUUCUGGCUUAACUGCAAUGUGCCCAUGCUUGAUCUGCUGCAUUCACAAAGCAUGUGGAGACCACCUGGGCACCUGUGAUCACGUCUGUUUCCCAGCAGCUGCACACAAGAGGAGAGCUUGGGUUUCUGCUCAGGUCCUUUCCUCUUCUGUGUGCUGUGUGACCAACAGCAGGGUGGGUGCCCACGUGCUCCCUGCUUGCUGGCUCCAGGGUCCUCUGCAGAACCCCGAAUGGCUUUUUGCUCUCCCUCAGCCUCUUGCUGACCACUGGGACUGUGCUAGCAGGAAAGCAGAACCAGCUGACAUUCAGAUAAAUUGACAGCAUCUGCAUGAGCUUUGGGUCUUGCAUCUUUGUGAUGCUAGAAAGCAGCCCUGGUUCCAGGCUGCGCUGAUCCAUGGUCUCAGGCACAGCCAGGACACUACGAAAUGGCAGCAAUUUGCACACUACAGCUCUCCCAUCCCCUCAUUUGUAGCUUCCCUCCUCUAGUAAACAUGGUCUGCAGUCACUCUUUGACCCCUGUAGAUCAGUCCCUCCCCGUCUGGGUCUUCGUAGCUGUCCUGGAUGUCUGCACAACUUAAGGAACACCUGGCCCCUUUGCAGGCUGCUGCUCUGGGAUAUGAGGAGCAUUUCCCCUUCUAUUUCUGGAGCUGCAAAUGUCUGCAGAGGAGGCUUAAGGCAGACAUUGAUGCCUUCUGUGCUAAAAGGAGGAAGGGAGCUACCACAGCAGAUCCACAGGGUUCCUGGCAGGGACCGUGGUGUGAGCACAUCCUCCCUAUAACUCCUGAACCAGAAUGAGCAGAAGGCCUGAGAUUUCAGCUUGCCUCACCUCUACCCCAGCUGCAAGGAGGAGGCAGGGGCUGGUGGCACUCGGGGACAUGGCUGCAAAGGCAGAGGCUCCCAGACUGGCAUCUGCAGGUGGUGUGAAGAGCUCUGCAGGGCAUGGGGUUAGGCAAGGAGUCCGCAUUUUAAACCAGCCCAUGCAUGAGAACCGGUGUGAGGGACACUGCUGUCCUGUGCAACCUGGGCUGCUGCUUCUCCGGACAGGAAUUGGAGCUGAAAACGCAGAUAAUUUUGUAAAUCUCCUUUUAACACAUUAGCAUGGGACUCUACACUCAGACAUCACAGCUGGCACACCGACGUUGAUUUCCUUCACCUCCAACACAGUCCGACAAAGCCUUUUGGCCCGGAGACAGGACUCUUGCUCUUUGGUACUGUCUGGGAACGUGACUGGGUCCCAAGGCUGAAUCUCUACAUAUCUCCUUUGCAUUCUUUAGGAAAGCAGCUCGAGAAUGUUUACACACUGCAAACAGAAUGUACAACUCUGACCAGGAACCACAAUCCGGUUCAACUGCAUGGCAAAUUUCUUGGCCAUCGAAUCAGGCAUGCAUCACAGAGGCCCCGUCUGUGUACAGAUCCACCUGGCAUUGCUCAUACCUUCAGAUCACGUCUUAAAAAGAAUAUACGACGAUGCCAUUUCUUGUUCAUACCAGACACAGUUGUCAUUAGAUUUAUUAUUAACGGGGGGAUUCUUGAUCAUGCCAUUAAAAGCCUGUCUACCUUUUCA